AUGAUUAAGAACUUUUCGGUGCUGUAUGUGGGGAAUAUCGACCUUGAUGACGUGGGGAGCGACGGGACGCCUGCGGAUGAGCGGCGGUAUCCGAAUGAGCGGCUGAUGCAGAGUAUGGAUACGGCGGGGCAGGUUGCGGGGCUGAUGGAUGAGCUGGGGUUUUAUGCGCUGUGGAUGGCGGAGCAUCACUUUCAGCGUGAGGGGUAUGAGACGAUACCGAACCUGAUUCUGAUGGGGACGCACCUGGCGGGUAAGACGGAGCGGCUGAAGUUCGGGUGCGCGUUUAACAUCGUUCCGAUGUGGCAUCCGAUACGGCUUGCCGAGGAUUACGCGAUGGCGGAUAUUCUGACGGACGGGCGCAUCAUCUUCGGCGUGGGUCGCGGGUAUCACAGCCGAGAGGUGGAGUCGUUCGGGUCGCCGGUUAUCGACAAUGACGCGAAACCGCGAGCUGUUCGAGGAGCAGAUGGAGGUCAUCUUCAAGGCGUUCAAUGA